UUGGCCACACUUGCCCUACACUGUUGCAUUUGCAUUUGCCCCCUUAGAACAGAAAAGCGAAGCGAAAAUAAAGCUGGGCGAAAAUGCCAACCAAAUGGUAGGCUAAGCAACCAAAUCGAGUGAACCUACCUGAACCAGAGUCGAAUCGAGCGCGAGCGAACGCGGAGCAGCAGGUGACCAGCCCAGCGGUAAGCGAAGUGCAACGCAGUGCAGCGGACAUGAACGAAGAAAUCGUGCGGGAGCGCGGCGGCGAGGAGUCCUCCGUCGUCUCGCCCAAAACUGCAUCAUCGGCAGCGGCGGCGGCGUCGAUGACGUUGGCCUCGGUGGCCUUGGAAUCGCACACGACCGCCAUCGCCAGCAGCGCCACCCCCGGCAGCACCAGCCCCACCUCCAGUGGAGCAGGAGCAGGAGCUGGAGCAGGUGGUGGUGCUGGUGCAGUUGGUGGCUUAGCGGGAGGAGCAGGUGCAUCUCCGUCCGGCGUGCAGUUGCAUGAGAAGCAGCCACUGCAGUCGCAGCAGCAGCCACAACCACAGCAGCCCCAGCUGAAUGCCACCGAUAUGCGCGAGCUGCGCGAAAUCAAGCAGUUGCUGUGGGGCGACAAUGUGCGCGAAGAUGUAUUCAAGCGUUGGUCUCAAGGAUUCGAGUUUAGUAAAGUGGAGCCGUCGGCAUUGGUGCAGAAGCAGGGCGGUCCUUGUGCUGUGAUAGCGCCGGUGCAGGCGUACUUGCUUAAGAUAAUUAUCAUGGAUAUGCCAGGCGUGAAGCUGUCGGAGAUUCCCUACGACAAAUGCCAGAACCUGCUGAUCCAGGCAUUGUGCAACAUUUUGAAGAACUGUCGGGCGCCGCGCUACCGCAUCGUCCAUCUCUUGCGCCGUCGUGGAAAUGCUACAGAGGCUGGUUUAACCAAAGAGCGCUCGCCAGCCGUCGAAACAGGAUCUGCUCCGGCUGGCCCAGCCGGAUUAUCUGAGGGGGCAGCCGGAGCUGUGGAGCUGGCGGCCGAGGCCACUCCCGCCUCGGUCAACGAGAUGACCCAGGAGCAGCUCGAUAAUGAUCCGCAUCGCGAGCUGUCGCCAGAUGAGUUCCACGAGCGCCUGCACACGCUCCACUUCGAGGACAUCGCCGCCGUGGCCCGCUACUAUAUGGAGAACUACGGCCAACUGGCGCACACAUAUGGCGUGCUGCUGUUCAUGUACUCGGUGUUCCUAACCAAGGGAUCGGAGCUGGUGGCCGCCGACAUAUCGGACACGUCGGAGCCGCUGAUACACAGCACCUACGGCUAUGGUGGCCAGUCGCUGAUCAACCUGAUGCUAACGGGCCGUGCCGUGGCCCAUGUCUGGGAUAACGAGCAGGAUGUCGGCGGUCUGAAGCUGCGCGGCAUAUGCGAGCAGAGCGACAUUGGGUUUAUAACGCUGAUGGAGCAGAUGCGUUACUGCACCGUUGGUUCCUUCUUCAAGAACCCACGCUACCCCGUCUGGGUGAUGGGGUCCGAUACGCAUUUAACCGUUCUGUUCAGCAACGAAAAGAGGCUUGUCUCGCCGGAGACGCCCUCGGAGACCGGUCGUCGCAUCUUCAAAUCCUACGACCCGGAGGGCAACAAUUUCAUAUCGACCACCAUGCUACGCGAAGUCCUCGCUGCCCUAAAUCUGGUCAGCGAACCGGCUUACGUGGCCCUCAUGCAGAAGCGUCUGGAUCCGGAGAACUUGGGCAUCAUACUGCUGAAUGCCUUCAUGGACGAGUUCUUCCCGCUGGAGCGCCGCUCCACGCCGGACACCUUUGAGCUGAUGCAUUACAACGGCAUCCCAGGCUCCAAUGAAAACAACAGGGUGCGCUACUAUUGCGGCUCUGCCAUUCUGCUCGAGGGCGACCUAAAGUCAAUCUGUACUUCGAACCCGAUGGUCACCUGCCUGCAGACCAAGUGGCCGAACAUCGAGAUCAAUUGGCACGAUGCCCACUUGCCCUCCUUGAAUUGACGCCGUCAAGGGGGCCAGGACACACAGCAGCAGGGGGAUGCGCGUAAACACAGGAAACCAAAAGGACGAAAAGGAAACCCAGGAUCUACUGGGGCGGAGAAAACACAGCUGUAGACGCAAAAAAAAUGCGACAAGAUGCGAUUGCACUUUUUUAUUUCAAACACCCUUCAUUUGUUUUUUUUUGUGAUUAUUUAAGAACCUUUACAAAAAAGAAAGCUGGAGUGGAACGCACCAACAACUAAUUAACAAAAAAGCCGCAGCAAAACACUAACAAAUGCGCUUUUAAAGAGAGCUGCAGCCAUGUUGAAGAAUCCGCAGGAGGAUAGAAGAUUUACGCCAAGCGUUGACUCACACAAAACACCCAAAAAAUAAAACAUCCCAUAAAUGCAUAGCUGUAUGCAACAUGGAGAAAAAAUACAAAAAAAAAGAGGGGAAAAGAAAGAACACACAUCUUAUAAAAACUAAAUCUUAAUUUCGAACAUUGUACGUUUAAACUUGCAUUGCAAAAACGAAACUCAACUAAAAAUACAGGCAACACAAAUAUACCUUUAUGAAUAAACUAAAA